GACAACUAUUUGUCGUGCGAUUGCAGACGUUAAGUGUUGCGUUGGCAUAUUGGUCCUCGUGAGACUGUUUUAACUUUAUAAUGAAUGUUUCAGGCUAGACUCGGGCGGAUGAAUGUGGUCAAAUUUGAAAAUGGUUUUAUUUUGCCGCGUCGUAGAAGUGCAUUAGCCUACCACUAAUUCAACAAGGGCGUCUUUGUGUGCGUAACAACAUUGAUCGUAAUUCGACGGAGUAACGGAAAAGGCGAUGAGGAAAGUUAACGUGGUGAUCCUUGUGCUACUUGCUGUGGCUUUCCUGAUCAUAAUUCAACGGAAUCUCCUGAGCCUCAGUGACUUUUUACACAAAGAAAUACCACAUACUGGGGCCAUUCUUCCCUUUGAGGCGGAAUUGUCUCGAGUUCUUGGGGUGGAUUUGGAGAGACAAGGGGAUGAGAUCCCUGUGGUCUUGACAGCUGCUGAGGAGAGGCUCGGUGCUGCCGUGGCCGCCAUGCACAGCAUCUACAAAAACACUAAAGCCAAUGUUGUCUUCACAAUUGUCACCAUGAAUGACACAGCCGAUCACCUCAAGACUUGGUUGAGUGUGCCAAGGCUAAAAAGCAUCAAAUAUAAGAUGGUUCUUUUCAAGCCCGAGCUGCUGGUUGGCAAGAUAUCAAAAAAUCCUCAGACGAUCGACGCUGCAAAACCGCUAACUUUUGCCAGAUAUUAUCUGCCGUUAUACCUACCCGAUGUGGAGAAAGCCAUCUAUUUGGAUGAUGAUAUUAUUGUGCAAGGGGAUAUUAAAGAGCUUUAUGAAUCAAGUUUAAAACCCGGACAUGCAGCUGCAUUCUCUGAUGACUGUGAUUCUGCAUCUGCUAAGGGCAUUGUUCGAGGGGCCGGAGCUCAGAAUAACUAUAUAGGUUUCCUGGACUUUAAAAAAGAGGCUAUUAAACAACUGGGCAUGAGAGCCAACACGUGCUCAUUCAACCCGGGUGUCAUCGUUGCCAACCUGACAGAGUGGAAGAACAUGAACAUCACUCAUCAACUGGAGCACUGGAUGGAGCUCAACACACAGGACGACCUGUACAGCAAGACACUGGCCGAGAGUAUCACCACCCCGCCACUUCUCAUCGUAUUUUACAAGCGUCACUCUACGCUUGACCCCAUGUGGCACGUGAGGCACCUUGGCACUACGGGCGCUGGAAACCGCUACUCGCCACAAUUUAUCAAAGCAGCUAAACUCCUUCACUGGAAUGGACACUAUAAGCCUUGGGGGAGGACGUCCGCCUUCACCCAAGUGUGGGACAGGUGGUUUAUUCCGGACCCGGUAGAAAAGUUUCAUCCUGUGCGGAGACACGCGGUGGACAAAUGAAAUUGAAAACAUGUGAAAUGUGGCAAUUUGAGCAGGUCAAGUCAACCCAACCGGCAGGAACAACAACACCUCUCAGGACUCUAAAUAUACCAGACGGAAAACUUUCCCUUCAGUAAUUCUCAAUAGUUUCAGUAACAUUGAGAAUGAUUCCAUUCUAGACUAUUGCGAAUCCCUUUGAAAUCACAACCAUCCCAUUUGAACGUUUUUUUGUUUCAUUGUUAUAAUGCAGUUUGCCACAUUUCAUAGGUAUCACUUCUAUAGUAAGCUAAAAUGCUGAGUUACCUCAAAACUUGCCGUGUAGAAGUAGUGUAUCAGUUACAGGACACAGUGCUCCAUGUUCGUUGUCAAUUAACAUGAGCGAUCUUUGCCAGUUCAUUUUCACAAGUUGUACAUAUUCCUCGUGCUACAUAAUGACUCCCAACACCUAUUGUAUGGAAAUAGUGAGUUCUCACGGCGAGAUGUUACAAUGUGGUUGUUUUCCAAGGGUGCAAUAUGCAAACCACUAAAUAACCCCUUGCAGACAUUGCUUUUAAUAUUCCGUUCCAGGCUGAUACAAAUAUAUUUUAUUUCGUCCAUUAAACGCAUUUUGUAAAAGUA